AUGGCACCACCCUUCAAUAUCAUCUGGGGCGCGGCGUGUUCCGGAGUUGUCGUCGUCUUCGUGGCCGUCGCCUGGCACAACGAGAGAAAAUCACGACGAGCUACACGCGCGGCACAACUCGCACAGACCGAAGAAGGAGAUAUCACCAUGAACAGGGAGGAGGUGCCAGCGUGGGGUGGACUGUUGGCGACUGGUUGGGGGCGCGAGUUGAUCGCGCGCCCCCCGCCAGCGCAUGUGAGGGGGAAGGUGUGA